GGUAUCGAUCUUAUCGCCGGAGGUAAGAGUAAGAAGACCAAAAGGACAGCCCCAAAGUCCGACGAUGUCUACCUCAAGCUUCUCGUCAAGCUCUACCGAUUUUUGGUAAGGAGAUCUGAGAGCAGCUUUAACGCUGUGAUAUUGAAGAGGCUUUUCAUGAGCAAAGUUAACAAAGCUCCUCUUUCUCUAUCGAAACUCGUCAGUUUCAUGACCGGCAAGGAGGAUAAGAUUGCUGUGUUGGUCGGAACUAUAACUGAUGAUUUGAGAAUUCACGAGAUUCCUGCCAUCAAGGUUACUGCCCUGAGGUUUACAGAGAGGGCUAGAGCCAGGAUUGAGAAAGCUGGUGGAGAGUGCUUAACCUUUGAUCAGCUUGCUCUCAGAGCUCCGUUGGGACAGAACACGGUUCUCCUUAGAGGACCAAAGAACUCUCGUGAGGCAGUGAAGCACUUUGGGCUUGCUCCUGGUGUUCCCCACAGCCACUCUAAGCCGUAUGUUCGGUCUAAGGGAAGGAAGUUUGAGAAAGCUAGAGGAAGGCGAAAGAGUCGUGGAUUCAAGGUCUAA